GAUCCGAACAGACGUUUUUCUGUUCGCGAGAAAUAAACAACGCGCGCUACGCCGUUUUCGAUUAAGAAAUUCACCAGAAUAUAUAUAUUACCGGGAAUAUAUCUUUUCUGUUUGUGUUAAAAAAUAUCCCUUUCGUGCUUUGAAAUAGUAUUUCACUUAAACUGUUAUUAUCACCGAUUGGUAACACUUUUCGCGCGAAAACAGAAAAACUAAAACAACGGAAAUAGUUAAUAACAAAGUGCGUGAGCUUUUUUUCAUUAUUAUUUUUUUGUGAGUGUAAGUGCUGUGACAAGCUUCUAUUUGUGCAUCUCGCUUGUAUUUGUGAUUGUGUAGGUCAAGGUGACGCAGCUGCACCGUUAGUUUUCCACCCAUUGAAUAUGCAGUUUUCAAUUGCGAAUGCAUCUUAUAUGCAUAUAUAUGUACAUAUGUACAUAUGUACAUUGCAGAAACCCUAAAAAGUCAAUAUUGCAGUAAACCUCCUCUUUUUCGCACUGCCUCCCUCCCGCUCGCACCUUUUAGUAUGAGAUAAGCACUAGAUAAGCGAGUGUGUGCGUAAAUUACUGUUAAGCUUAACCCUUAGUCUGUAAAGUAUGCAAGUUAGCAAUAUCACAAAAACAUAAUAUUAAAUAUUUGAAAAGAUAAAUAUUUAUUGCUUCAACUGCAACUUCCAACUAGGUAUAGCAGGGACAACUUACCACACGCAACAAUUUAAAUAAAUAAAACUGAUUUAACUGAUCACAGCUUCCAUUAAAGUAAUUAAAUCUAACUCUCUGGUAAGAAUUAAUAAUGAAAAAUUAAUGUGGCAGCAGUAGCAACUAGCAACUUGCAACAACAAAAGAUUGUGCAACCUGCAACGUAUAACACAGGCGGCAAAACGGCGUUUCUACCGCAACGUCGCCUCUUCGGCGGCGGCAAUGUGUCCUCUUCGACGACCAUGAAGCACCAGCCGCCGCCUCCACCGCUUCCCCUCAGCCAACCACCCUUGAUGGGCGGCGGUACAGCCGCUGGAGGCGUGGCCAAUGCCAUCAGCAGCCUCAACGGCAUUAGUAAUGUUAACAACAAUAACAACAGCAACAACGGCAUCGAGGCAGCUAAAUGCCGACCUCCCAUUUACCCCAAACCUAAAACGCCCUCGUUCGACAAGGAUCGUGAUUAUAUAGGAUUCGCCACCCUUCCAGAGCAAGUGCACCGGAAGUCGGUGAAGCGGGGCUUCGAGUUCACUUUGAUGGUGGUCGGUGAGUCCGGGCUAGGCAAGUCCACCCUGAUCAACAGCCUUUUCCUGGGAGAUCUCUACAAGAACCGGCAAAUGCCCAAUGUGGAGGAACGCAUCGAGAAAACGACUAAGGUGGAAAAGAAGACAAUGGAUAUCGAAGAGCGGGGCGUUCGACUCCGGCUGACAGUGGUGGAUACCCCGGGAUUCGGUGAUGCCAUCAAUUGCGAAGACAGCUGGCGGGUGUGCACCCAGUAUAUUGAUGAGCAGUUCCGCCAAUACUUCACCGACGAGAGCGGGCUCAAUCGGCGAAACAUCCAGGAUAACCGGGUACACUGCUGCCUCUAUUUCGUCCCACCAUGGGGCCACAGCUUACGACAGAUGGACCUUGACUUGAUCCGGCGGCUGCACCGCAAAGUAAAUAUUGUGCUGGUCAUCGGCAAGGCCGACUGUCUCAACAAACAGGAGGUGCGCAAGCUGAAGGAGCGCAUUCUGCAGGACUUGGAGGACAAUCACAUCCAGCUGUACCAGUUUCCCGAGUGCGAUUCCGACGAGGAUGAUGAUUUCAAGCAGCAGGAUCGCGAGCUGAAGGCCUCCAUCCCAUUCGCCGUUGUUGGCAGCAAUACCAUUUUGGAGGUGGCCGGCAAGAAGGUCAGGGGUCGCCAGUAUCCGUGGGGCGUGGUCAAUGUGGAGGACCCAGAACACAGUGACUUCAUUAAGCUGCGCACCUUCUUGAUAUCCACGCACAUGCAGGAUCUCAAGGAUACCACGCAGGACGUGCACUACGAAAACUUCCGGGCACAAUGCAUCUCGCAGAUUUCGCAGCAUGCGCUUCGUGAGCGCGGCAAAUUGAAGAGGGAUUCGAUUAGCUCAACUAAUGGAUUUGACGCAGCCAUCUCGGAGACGGAUAGGCUGCUCCUGCAGAAGGACGAGGAGAUACGGAGGAUGCAGGACAUGCUCACCCAGAUGCAGGAGAAGCUCAAGCAAACCCAUAUGAUGGAAAUGAAGAAGAACGACAGCGUGAUCGACGUCUAGGGAACGAAAACGGGAACGUGUUCAAUUUUGCACCGCGAUUUAUGCAUCUACCUAAUAUAUAGGACCUAUAUAGGUGACCCAGAGACACCCUGGAGCAGCUGCAACCAAAUCAACUUUGUUCAUAAGCUAGCACAGACUUUUUAAAGCAAAAACCAUUGGAUCCAAAAAAAAUAUGAAAAUUAAGACAACGACUCCCCGAAGCACAAAGAAAUCCAAACGAGCAAAAAUUUCUGACAGACAUCACAGCCUUUUUCAAUUUUGUAGCCUAAAGUAACGAUUUCUUUUAGGACUAACGAUUUAAUGGAACACACUCUAUAUUGAGAAAUUAGCUAUUUGAUCGAUUACGAGUACGAUAUUAUACCAAAGUUUAAGGAGUUUCAAAAACUUAACGCAAGUAAAUUGUUAAUGGAAAAGAUCAAGAAACCACAGAGGCACAUAGAAAGACAUAAAUGGACCCCCUAAAAAUGGUUUAAUUUAUUUUAAAUGAAAUGAUUAUCAAUUUUUUUUUAUUCGGUUGUAUUUUUUAGUUUUUGGAGAGCAAAUCGUUUAGAAAUGAAGUUUGCUUUAAUUAUGUGUAAAGAACUUAUACCAUUUAUAUUGUAAGAAUAUAUCAGAUCGGAAUAUAUAUAUAUGUAUGUAUAUUCAUAUACUUUUAUAUAGGUAUAUAUAUAUAUAUUAAUAAAUAUAUACAUUCAUAUACUUAUAUAUAUAUGUAUAUAUAUUUAUAUAUAUAUAUCUAUGUGUGUAGGACAAACCGCUGGAGGUUUUGGCACUGAAUUUCCAUGAAUCGACUUUCAGCAAGUUCCAAUUAUUUAUGCUAAUUACGUAUUAUCAGAUAUAUCUAUGAACAAAACCUAUUUUGUUGAAACGAAUUGUUAAUGAAUUUAUUUUAAAUUAAUCGAUUAAGCCUUCACGCAACAACCAUAAUAUUUAAAUGAAAUUAUAGUCGAAAAAUUAUAUAUAAACAUAGCGAUUGCUAAAAAUCGAUUUCAAAUAAAGAUAAAAACAACUUAA